CGCAACCUGCGCAUGCGCACCCGCGUCCCGCUGCUGUUUAGCGGUUUCCAGGACUACGAAGCCCAUCGCCCGGCAUUGGAGAGCAAGAAAAUGAAGCUCAAGAGCUUCCUGCUACGGUAUUACCCGCCAGUAUUGCUAAGACUCCUAUUCAGUCGCUGCUGGCGCCACCUGCAGGGAGCAGAAGGAAUUAUGUUGGAAUAUGAAAAAAGUGGAGAAUUAAAGACUAAGUCCAUAGAUUUGCUUGAUCUUGGUCCCAGUACGGAUGUCAGUGCUUUAGUGGAAGAAAUCCAGCAGGCAGAACCUCUAAUCACAGCUUCACGAACAGAGCAAGUGAAACUUUUGAUACAGAGGUUACAAGAGAAACUUGGCCAGCACAGCAACCACACAUUCUAUCUUUUUAAGGUUCUCAGAGCACAUAUAUUGCCACUGACUAAUGUUGCACUUAACAAAUCGGGCUCAUGCUUUAUCACAGGAAGCUAUGAUCGGACGUGCAAGCUCUGGGACACUGCAUCCGGAGAGGAGCUGAACACCCUGGAGGGCCACAGGAAUGUGGUUUAUGCCGUAGCAUUCAACAAUCCUUAUGGUGACAAAAUUGCCACUGGGUCCUUUGAUAAAACUUGUAAACUCUGGAGUGUAGAGACAGGACAAUGUUACCAUACCUUCAGGGGCCACAGAGCAGAAAUAGUGUGUUUGUCAUUUAACCCUCAAAGCACGUUGGUGGCAACUGGAAGUAUGGACACAACAGCCAAAUUGUGGAACAUUCAGAAUGGGGAGGAAGUUCUUACCUUAACAGGACAUUCUGCGGAAAUCGUCUCCUUGUCAUUUAACACCUCAGGAGAUAGAAUCAUGACUGGGUCUUUUGAUCAUACAGUUAUAGUGUGGGACGCUGGUACGGGAAGGAAGGUACAUACCUUAAUUGGUCAUUGUGCUGAGAUUAGCAGUGCCUUAUUCAAUUGGGAUUGCUCUUUAAUAUUAACUGGCUCUAUGGACAAAACCUGCAUGCUGUGGGAUGCUACAAAUGGAAAAUGUAUGGCAACCUUAACAGGCCAUGAAGAUGAAAUACUAGACAGCUGCUUUGAUUACACUGGCAAGCUUAUUGCAACUGCUUCAGCCGAUGCCAUAAAAGAAGAAACAUUGCCAUUUGUGACAAUAUGGAUGAACCUGGAGGAUUUACAUAAAAUAAACCAGACACGAAAGGACAAAAUACUGUAUGAUAUGUAUGAUAUAGUUUGAUGUGAAAUCUAAAAAAGUUGAACUCAUGAAGAUGGAGUUGGAGCAUGGCUACUAGGGGUCAAGGGGUGUGAAAAAAUGGGGAGAUGUUGGUCAAAGGGUACAAACUUUAAGUUGUAAGAAGAACAGGUUCUGAGGAUCUAAGAUAUAGCAUGGGUGGUGGUGGAUGUGCUAAUUAACUUGAUUUUGAUGUCAUUACACACUGUAUAUAAAAUCAUCAUACUGUACAAUUUGAAUAUAUAUAAUUUUUGUUUGUCAAUAAUAAAAAUGUAAAAUAGAACUUAUAAGAAGACUUUUUUAAGACAGCAGUUCUCCUUUUUUAUUCAAUUAAUAAUUGCGUAACUUUAUUCCCUGUAUGCCUCAAAAUCUCUAAUAAAGAUUAUAUUUGCUGAGUAGACAAACUCAAAGUUGUAGAACCUAGAUAUGUGAUUUGCUGGCUGAGGGAUUAUGAGCAAGGAUUUUAUUUUUACUUAUUAAUUUUUAAUUUUACUUUAAGUUCUAGGAUACAUGUGCAGAAUGUGCAGGUUUGUUGCAUAGGUACACAUGUACCAUCAUGGUUUGCUGCACCUAUCAACCCAUCAUCUAGGUUUUAAGCACCUCAUGCAUUAGGUAUUUGCCCUAAUGCUCUCCCUCCCCUUACCCUCCACUCCUGGACAGGGCCUGGUUUGUGAUGUUUCCUUCCCUGUGUCCGUGUGUUCUCAUUGUUCAACUCCCACUUAUGAGUGAGAACAUGCAGUGUUUGAUUUUCUGUCCCGUGUUAGUUUGCCGAGAAUGAUGGCUUCCAGCUUUUUUCAUCCAUGUCCAUGCAAAAUCAUGAACUAAUUCGUUUUUAUGGCUGCAAGGAAAUUCUUCUAUAAAAAAAUUCUGGCAAAAACGAAACACCUUGUGACUAACAUUCUUUUAACUAGUCACAUAUCCUUAUGUUAUAAUCAGGUAUAGAAUUUUAUUGGUGAUGUAUUGUAAUUAUACAGUAUUUCAUUGUCUCUCUUCAAAAUUACAUUUGCAUGCUUGCUGUCCUACUCACUAGGACUUUUCAAAGGUGAUCCCUUGCUCAUGCAUAAGUCUUCCUUAUACCCUAGAAUGAAAAUAUCCUGAGGUUGGAGAAUUUUAUUUUUUAAAAUAACUAUUUACUUUUAUUAUCUUCUUAUAGGUUCUGGCUUUUAAUAAUCAUAGCUUAACUGUAAUUAGUCUACCCUUUUCAUUUUAAAUAUCAUUCUUAUUGAUAGAAAGACUUGAAAGACUUAAUGAUAUGCACUAAAAUAUCUACUUUGUGCCAGGAAUUGUUUUAGGAAUAUGGGAUAUUUGAGUGAACAAAAGAGAUAGAAAUCCCUGCCUUUGUGGAGUUACGUUGUGAAGGGGGAGGCAGACCAUAUGUAAUGCCAUACUCGUAUCUUAUACGGAAUGUUAGAUUAUGUGGAAUGUUCGACUUUGUAAAAUGCUAGAAGUUGGUCCACAUUAGGAGGAGGUAAAAAGGCAGAAUUGAAGAAUCAGGAUUCUUAGGGGGAAUUAGAUUAAAAUCAAGCUCAAUUCUAGUUUUGUUUUCUCUAUAAUCUGUCAUUUGCUCUGGCCAUGGUAAUUUUAUUCUUCCUUUGUUUAAUAAAACAUUCCUUUGAAAAUAUCUUUUUUUUUCUUUUCUCAUGUUUUGUAAACCUUUUCUCAUUGUAUGUUUCCUAGAAAGUCUUGAUGCUUAGAAAAACCUUUUAAAAUUUAUCUCUGGUCUUUGCUCCUAAUUCCCUUCUUAAAAUUUAGAUCUCAUCCAACAGUUACCUGUGCAGCAACAUCUAUGUGUGUAUGUAUAUAUGUAUAUAUAUAAAUAUAUGUAUUUAUACCCUUUUUCUUCUUCAUUGGAAUUAUUCUCAAGGCUGUUUUUUUGUUUCUUUAGUUGUAUUCCUAUCUGUAAAAAAAAUUACAGUGUUGCAGGCUAUAUUAUUUCUGAGUUUUCUGAAGUUUAGAAAUAUAGUUAUAUAAAAUUAAGAGUAUAGAUCUAUGCAGGACAUUCUCGUUCAUGUUAUUGACUCUGAAAACAAAUUGGUCACUUCCCUUUAAGGCUUUUGAAAUGUCCAACUAAAUUUCAAGUUAUAUAUUUUUAAAUCACAUUAAUUCUAAAUAGAGAGUUUUAUUUUGUGUACUUCCUUGUGAAGUUGACAUUAUCAGAAAGGCAAGUAAAAAUUUGUUAAGAUAUUUUACUUGUCUCUGGAUAUAAAUCAAGUAACUACAAUUUUGUGUCCUUGCUAUAUCUGACUAGUAUGUAAUGCUAUAAUUACAGAUUUAAAAAAGCAGCCUUCAUCUGGCAAGGCAAAUUGUAACUUUUCUUCCAACACAAAUUUUACUACUCAUGUUUUUCUCUUUCAAUACUUAUUUAACUUAUUCAUCCUUUACUUCUAAGGAAAUGUCCAUAGUACUUAUUCCAUCAAUUUCUCUAUCCAUCAUCCAUCCAUCCGCCCACCCAUCUGUCCAUCCAUCCAUCCACACAUCUGUCCAUCCAUCCAUCCUUCCAUCCAUCCAUCUGUCCAUCCAUCCACACAUCUGUCCAUCCAUCCAUCCUUCCAUCCAUCCAUCUGUCCAUCCAUCCAUCCACACAUCUGUCCAUCCAUCCAUCCAUCCAUCCAUCCAUCCAUCCAUCCAUCCGUCCACACAUCUGUCCAUCCAUCCAUCCAUCCAUCCAUCCAUCCAACAGCUAUUUAUUGAAUGGCUACUAUAUGUUUGGCACUUUUGGCUGCUGGAGGCAGAGGAGGAACAAAGCAUUCUAUUAGCUUUUUUUGUGGAAAAGGGUUUUUGGAGCCUGUUCUUUACCUGUUGAGUAGCGGCCGAUGCUCCUUCUUAGAAUGUUCCUUGUGCACCUCACAGAAACUCAGACUCACACCUGGUGUAUCAUGCUGGUCUUGCUGCUUAUUUCAUCACCUGCCUCUUGAAACUUGCUUUAAUUCUUCUUUUUCUCUUAAAGUUUUUUCUUUCUGGAUUCCUGUUUCUUACUCUCUUUUCUACCUUGGAAUGUACUGUUUCUUCUAAUAAGCUCAGGACUAGAGAGAAGCUUCCUUUCACCCUCUCCUGCAGUAGGACCAGCUGGCAUUUAGAAUAUUAACUAUCUGGCUCUCACCACAGGCAAGAAGACUAACUAGCACAGAGCUCAUGUGUCAGAGGGAUAGAUAUUUAUACAAUGCCAGGUCUUUUAUCCAAAGUUCUGUAUUUAACAUGAAUUUAUAUGUAUCCUCACC